GAUCAGCUGAUGUAAAAGCAACAACAUCAUUUCCUGGGGGGGUCUGGCACAUAAUAAAUAGCCCAACAGCAAGCUAACUCCCGUACUGUUAGGUUAGUACGUGGCACUGGGCGCUGUGUUUACUGUUAUAAUUAGAUUUUGGGGCCGCUUUUAGACCGUGACAAGGCAACGGUUUACAGUUAUCAAGUCAGUCGUCGUCGGCCCAACUGCUAACAACAACUGCGAGGUCAGUCGAUUUAAAUGGUGACGGUUAUUGGUGUUGUCCACGGUACUACGCCUGCUUGCGGUGCUAAUUAUUAAUAACUCCUUGGUGUAUUUGAGUAAACACAUAGCUAUGGGCAUAGCAGGUAGCAUUUAGCAACCUAUUUAUUAUUGUGUAAACAAGGCAGAAGAUGCUGGAUAGAUAAUGUUUGCUUCAUUCGUGUUGGGUCACAACAACACAAACAUUGAAGCCUGUACUACUUUUUGACACCAAUUGUGCAAUAAAAUAAAAUCAUAUAACAUCCUAUACGUCAUAUUACAUAUAGUAGGGGUAGUGUUGAGGGUAUUUUUAGUGCUCAAGUUUGAGUGCAAUGCAUCCUAUCCAAUGAAAGUCCAAAAACUAUUCAAAACAAAUGAAUAAAAAAGAAUACAUUAAAGUCUCUAAAGGAGGGACAGCAUUAGUCUCACACAAAGGUUAAAUAUUGUGGUUAUAGUGCUACUUUAGGUCUUUUAAAAUAGUCUUCUGUGGUGAUAACCCAUCCAGUCCUCCAUUAUCAGCAUCUCUAAAAGUGGGCCAUGAGCGGUCAAGGUCCAGCUGUAGAUAAAGGGAUGAACACAGUACUAGCCUGCCAGGAGAGUUACGCCUGCGGGGGCUCGGAUGAGGCCGCCUUUGAAUGCGACGAAUGCAGCAGCUUGCAGUGCGCCCGCUGCGAGCUGGAGCUCCAUCGCCAGGACCGCAUGAGAAACCACGACCGCGUCCGCAUCUCCCCGGGUCACGUUCCCUUUUGUGACUCAUGUAAAGGGGACGGGGGCGGCGGGGGCUUGGUCACGGCUGGACGGCUGCGAGCAGCCGUGCGCUGCCAGGGAUGCAAGAUCAACCUGUGUUUGGACUGCCAGAAGCGAACACACAGUGGCGUGAACAAGAGAAAGCACCCUGUCACACCAUACCCCCCGGCCAAAACCCCCCAGGAGAACAGUGUGAUAUCCGGGGAGUCGGAGAUGGAGAUCCUUAGAGAGCAGCUGGACAAGGUGUGCAGCUUCCUGUUAGUGGACGAGAGAGAGGAGAUGCAGGUGAAGGAUGAGGAGGAGUUUGUGAGCAGACUGGGAUGCAGAGCUGACGAGCUCCUCAAGGUGGUUUCCAUAUUUGGGAACACCGGUGAGGGGAAGUCCCACACGCUGAACCACACCUUCUUUCACGGAAAGGAAGUGUUCAAAACCUCGCCCACGCAGGAGUCCUGCACUGUGGGCGUGUGGGCUGCCAUGGACCCUUUUCACCGAGUGGUUGUCAUCGACACGGAAGGACUGCUUGGAGCCGGAUCGAGCCAUGGUCAGCGCACUCGCCUCCUCCUCAAAGUCCUGGCCAUUUCGGACAUCCUCAUCUACAGGACCCACGCUGACCGCCUCCAUGACGACCUCUUCAAGUUCCUCGGUGACGCCUCGGAGGCUUACCUGAAGCAUUUUUCCCGGGAGUUGAAGGCGACCACCACGCGCUGCGGCCUGGAUGUCCCGCUGUCCACCCUGGGCCCCGCUGUCAUCAUCUUCCACGAGACAGUCCACACCAAGCUGUUAGGAUCAGACAAGCCGUCCGAAUCUGCAGACCGUCUCCUCCAGGAGCGUUUCAGGAAAGUGGGUCUGUUUCCCGAAGCGUUCAGCUCCGUGCAGUAUUGCGGGACUCGGACCUACAACCCUCCCACGGACUUCAGCGGGCUACAGAGAGGCCUGGAGCAACAGCUGGACAACAACGCCACCCGCUCGCCGCGGUCUGCCGGCGUCAUCUUUAAGGCUCUGCAGGCGCUGAGCGAGCGCUUUAGUGGUGACAUUCCCGAUGAACACAUGACCAGUAACUCUUUCUUCCCAGAUGAGUACUUCACCUGCUCCUGCAUCUGUCUGAGUUGUGGUUCAGGCUGUAAGAGAAGUAUGAAUCACCUCAAGGAGGGACUCGAACACGAGGCCAAACAUCGAUGUCGCUACUCGGCGCAGUACGACAACCGCAUCUACACGUGCAAGACCUGCUACGAGGGAGGGAAGGAGGUGAUUGUGGUUCCCAAAACGACCGCCUCGUCUGACUCGCCGUGGUUUGGCCUGGCCAUCUACGCGUGGUCCGGCUAUGUCAUCGAGUGCCCCAACUGUGCCGUGAUUUACCGAAGCAGGCAGUACUGGUACGGAAACCAGGACCCGGUGGAAACGGUGGUACGAACCGAGAUCCAGCACAUCUGGCCGGGGUCUGAUGGUUUUCUGAAAGACAACCACAACGCCGCCCAGAGGUUGCUGGAUGGAGUCAAAUACAUAUCCCAGUCCGUGUCGGAGCUCAGCGUCAAGCCGGCCAAAGCCGUCACUUCCUGGCUGACCGACCAGAUUGCUCCCACCUACUGGACACCCAACUCUCUCAUCCUGCAAUGCCAAAAAUGUGCGGUGGCGUUCCAACCCAAUGACACUAAGCAUCAUUGCCGGGCCUGUGGAGAAGGUUUCUGCGAUGCCUGCUCCUCCAAAACCCGGCCUGUCCCGGAGAGAGGCUGGGGGCUUGCACCCGUUCGAGUCUGUGACGCAUGUUUUCAUAACAGGGGGAUCCCGACGGAGCUUCUAGAUGCAGCCUUGGAGGAAGAAGGAGGAACCCUGAUAGCAAGGAAGGUUGGGGAGGCUGUUCAGAACACCCUUGGCGCUGUGGUCGGCGCCAUUGACAUACCUCUAGGCUUGGUGAAGGACGCCGCGCGCCCUGCCUACUGGGUCCCGGAUCAGGACAUCCACUCCUGCUGCGGCUGCCAGAGGGAGUUCUCUGCCUCUCGCCUCUCCAUCCACCAUUGCCGCGCCUGCGGUCAGGGCGUUUGCGAGGACUGCUCGCAGGAGCGGCGCGCCGUGCCCUCCAGGGGAUGGGAUCACCCGGUGAGGGUGUGCAGCGUUUGCAGCCAGAAGACAGGAGAACUCUAACAGAAGCAGCCAAACGGACAUUUUGGUGGCAUUUCCUGUUUUUAACUGUGGUCAGUCAGUGACUAUAAAGAAGGCGAGAACACACGAGA